AUGGCUUCUUCACCGCCACGUAUUCCGAUCGACAUUAUUCAACACAUUCUUGCCAAUCUUAGCAUUAAAGAAAUCUAUAUACUCCGACGAGUUAGUCGAGAAUGGUACUCUAUUUUCGAACACGCAUUAAUGGAACACAUGAUUACGCAUAAUUCACAAGUAUUAGUUCGUGUUGGGCAAAAGCCAACAGCCUCGCUUUCGUUGGCACUUGAUUGUGUAGAGUAUUGCCCAAAGACUGGUGUUUACACAUUUAGACCUGUUAUUGAAGGUGAAGAUGGGAAGGGAAAAGAAUCUCAAUUUAUCUGUGAACGCCGUAAUUUGAGACAAGUCAAGAUUUUGUUUGGAGAGUGGAUUGGUGUCAAUAAAUCUUUACAUAACAAUAAUAUUCAUAAUAACAACAGUGAUAUUGAAGAUCCUAUAUUUGCUGAAUUAAACACGGGUAGUCUUGGGCCUUUGGGAGAAGAUUCACGUACAGCUGAUGCUCUUGCCCUUUAUGCGAAUAUCAAAUUUCAUAGUGAUUAUAUUGAAGCUGUAUCAAAAGAAUAUCAUUUGAAAGAGGGAUCUGAACCAUCCUCUUCAUCGAAAUCAACAUCUUAUAUAGGCGAUUAUGAUAUGAUAUGUAAAAUCAAUUUAGAAUCUCUUAAAGAUGAAGAAUCACCCGACUCAAAUAAUCUCGUGUCAUUUAAAGUUGAUUUUGUUAAAGUACGAUCGUCAUGGAUCUUCUCUGGGCUCUCAACUCAUUCGCCAAUGCCUUCUUAUAAAAUAUACGAAUCACGAUAUUCAAUGCUUGACCAAUUAUUAGGACAAGAACACAGCUACAAUCGAUACGCAUCACGCGUAUUAGAAUGGAUUACAUCAGACGCCGGUGUGAACGACGAAUUAACACGUCAAUUAAUCGAACAUCUAAGAGCGACUGAUGGUGAUUUUGAUACUUGCGCCUUACUUGCACGCGCUUUAGAGGCAAAAGGUGUCACUCGAAAUCAUAUGUGGAAAUUUGGCAUCGUGAAAAGAUAUCUGGCGGAUCCGGAGGGUUCAUCGACGACUUUCGAGCAGAUUGUGGAGAAAGUUGUUCUUACCGAAAAGAGUGGUAAUAGUAGUAAUAAUAGCAACAAUAUCAUUAGGGGUAAAAAGAAUGCAACUAGUGGAUCUAGAGUUUUUAAUUGGAAUUUUGGGCGAUUUUCUUAG